AUCUCGAAGACGAGAAAGCAUCUCUAGUAACGACCAUCAAGAUUAUCAAUGAUGAAUACUCUCGUGGGAAUUCUACGGCUGAUACACCCAAUGAGUCUCAAUCAACUCAGUCUACGCUAGCUUUGAAGACAAACAUUUCGAAAAAUUAAGCCAGUUAAUCCAGAAGUACUGAAGUGCCUUCGACCGACGAUGACGACGGAGAAUUAAUAUCAGUCCCUGAAGAAAUAACAAAUAAAAAGAAGAAACAAACCAAGAAAUCGGCUAUGACGAAAAAUGCAAGCGUAGGUGCAAUGCCCCAAAACCCACCCAUGCAAGAAAAUGUAAAUGAGAAUCAAGAUGCCAACUUGCAGAAUGAAAAAUUUAAAAAGAAAACCACUAUAAUAGCCGGGGACUCCAUCGUCAAAAACAUCCAAGGUUGGCGGUUGUCUGAUUCUAAUAAUCAUGUUGUAGUCAAGAGUUUUUCGGGAUCCACUAUCUCUGACAUGGAAGACUAUCUUAAGCCAAUUAUCCGGAGGGAACCCAGCAAAAUCAUUCUACAUGUCGGAACUAAUGACAUCAACCAUCUGACUGCCCAACAAAUCGCCAAAGGAGUUGCAAAUCUUGGAACGCAAAUCAGUCAAGACUCCCCAAGAACGAAGGUUGCACUAUCAGGUAUUUUACCCAGAACUGACAAGCCCGGGUUGUCAAGUAAAAUUAAGGCUACUAAUAAUAUGAUUAAAUCGUUUUGUCAACAUAACAAAUGGGACUUUUUAGACCAUAAGUCUAUUGACCCGUCUUGCCUAAAUGCUAGAGGUUUACACUUAAAUCGUAAAGGCACCACAGUUGUUGCCAAAAACAUCACUGACUAUAUCAGCAAUUGAUUAGCGGACACAGGUAAUUCGAUUAAGCCUCCAAAUUCCACAGACCAAACUAGAACCAUCCCUAGUAAAGCAGUACAAUACGAUUUUGGUAUAUCUAAACUCAAAGGUUUCAAAAUCGCUUCCUUAAACAUUGCAAGCUUAGUAAAACACAUUGAUCAGCUACGGAUAAACAUGAAAGAGCAAACCAUUGACGUCUUGGCUUUAAAUGAAACACGACUUGAUAGUACAAUAAGCAAUCUUGAAAUUGGCAUUAAUAAUUAUACAAUCAUUCGCCGUGACCGAACAAGACACGGUGGUGGUGUUGCAAUAUAUAUUCGAAGUACAAUUGAGUAUAAAAUCCGUGACGAUCUUAAAGACGAUGGCCUUGAGUUUCUGUGUAUUGAAAUAACCAAACCUAAAAUUAAACCUUUUCUUAUAUCAACAUGGUAUAGGCCACCUAAUUCACCUGUCGAACUUUUUGACAAAUUUCAUGUAAUUCUUGAAAAAAUCGAGUCAUUGAACAUCGAAUCGACUAUUGUUGGUGACCUAAAUUGCAAUGUUGCAGCCAACAAUGUCGAUAAUAAUACAAAACAUUUACUUGAUUUAUGUGAAUUGUACCAGUAUAGUCAACUUAUCCAGGAACCAACGCGUAUCACUAGUAGUUCGUCCACACUAAUUGAUCUUCUCCUCACAAAUGAACCAAUUAAAUUUUCCAUAUCAGGAGUUAAACAUAUUG